AUGACUGUAAAGAGUUGGGACAGCAUGCGAUGGGGCAAAUGGUUCGUUGUUGGUGGAGCAUGUAUUGCAAGUGGUGCUGCUCUUUGGUGGUAUUUUCGAAAACAAGCCAUAAAUGCAACUAACAGUUCAAAAAGUGGCGUUCGGCCAACUGCUUCUGUUGCUCCAUGUCCCGUGCUUUUUCCAGGAAUGCAAAGUUCAAAGGAGGUAAAGGAUAAGGGCAAUGAAUAUUUCAAGCAAUGCUCAUAUAGGAAGGCUACUGAAGCUUUUACAGAAGCUAUCAAUCUUUGUCCACUAGAGUACAAAAGUCAUCUUGCUGUAUGCUAUCAAAAUCGGGCUGCUGCCUAUGAUAGACUGGGAGAUCCGGAGAAAUCAGUCAUGGAUUGCACGAAGGCAUUGGAGCUAGACCCACUUUAUUUUAAGGCCGUAGUGCGACGAGCAAAAGCAUAUCUAUCACUCGGUAGGCCGGAGGAAGCGCUAGAUGAUCUUACCUAUGCUUUCGUCAUGAACCCAGAAGCGUCAGAAUCACUUAAGACGGAUGUUGAUAGUGCAGUUGCACUUGCUGCUGCCAGUUUGGUUGAACACGUAAAGAAUACACGGGAAUCCAUACCAGUAAGAGACGAGUUAGUGCUGUUGUGGCGUAGUUCGUAUGUCAAUGACCCAAUAUUACAUGAUUUGAAAGAAGAAUUUCAUUCUGUCAGUCCAUAUCAUCAAGCACUAGAAGCAAUACGGCGGAGGCAUUACGAGGAAAUUAUACCUCUUAUUGAAGAUGAUUUAAGGAUACAGCAGUCAGAUCCAAAUCACUUAAAUGUUACUUUUAUUCUUCGUGAUUAUAUACUUCAGGCACGUUUUGCUCUGAUGAAAGAAAACAUAACGUUACUGAAAGAAAGCUUAGCAGCUUUUGACAAUAUGUGGAAUACGUUGAACGAAGAUUCUCGCUGUGAAGUGACCAAUAAACGUUUUCGGUCAAUGUAUCACAUUUUGCUUGCUGCCUGGAAAAUUCUUGAGCGCUGCAGCGAUAUUGAGAGUGAAUUCAAUCAUGCCGUCGAAAUUGAUCAGACGAAUGUUGAUAUUUAUUUGGGUGCCGCUUUACUGUUAUCUGAAAAUGGGCAGUUGCAAGAAGCAAUCGAUUAUUUAGAUCAGCUUAAUAAAAUUGAUCCAACACAUCAUCUGGUCAAGCAUAUGAGAGCAAACUGCAAAAUGGCUUUGAAAGCUUCAGUGGGUGAUGUGGGAGGUGCUGUGGCGUGUAUGGCAAAAGUUGAUCAGCUUCUACAAAUGAACCAAAAUGCAGAUCCAGUGCUUUACCUCAUCACUGGACGGCUUUAUUACGCAGCUCAAAAUAAAGAAUUGGCGAAAGCUUCAUUUAAAAAAGCUGCUGAGGGUAUUCCUGAUUAUGCUGCACCGAUGUUUUAUCUUGCAAUGGUAGAAGCAGAAGAGAUGGAAGGUUCUGCGAAUCAAAUGGCCGUAUUGGAGUCGAAAAUGAAGAUAUGUUUGGAAAGAGAAAAGGCCAAUCCAGAUGCUUUGGCUAUUCUAGCAAAAAUAGCAUUUCAAAGGCAGCAACUUGAUGAGGCUUUGCGUUUAUAUGAACAAUGUAUUAAAGUAUGUCCUGUUCAUACAAAUGAAGCAUCGCUUCUUCCAGCUGUAACAGAUUACGUGCAAAUACGUUCUUUGCGUAAAGCAGUUGAAACAUUGCAACGAACUACUGCACCGCCAGUUGAUGCAUCAUGUAGUGUACACCUUGCUUACGUUACAGUUUAUUUUGAAAGUGAUCUGACACAGAUUGAUAGAUUCUAUCUCUUUGAUUGCAAUCUAAUAUUUGGCCUGCAAUGCCUCGAAUUAUUCUCGAAACAGUCGUUUGUCCUUAUUGCCGAAAAAAAGGCGACUGGUGGUUCGGAUUCAAGUGACAGUGUAGAUCAGUUUAAUGGGACCGACAUCGUUUUAGAUUUACAAUAUUACAACGAUUCGAAGUGUCACGUCAUUUUAUCAGAAGAACAAGGGAGUGGCGUUUUAAAGGCCGUUGACCGACAAACAUUCAAUUCCCUGCUUGAAGCUCCAGCAUGGUUGUUUACGUGCAAAUCUAACGGCGAUUUUAAUCGCGAUAAAUCCAACGGCGAUUUUAAUCGCGAUAAAUCCAACGGCGAUUUUAAUCGCGAAAACAUUAAUGUAAUUGGUUCUUGA